AUGAGCCUUGGACAGGUGAUUGUUACAACUUGGAUGGUAUCUGUUGGCGACGCUCAAACAGAGCGUGUGUCGUCAACGGUCGAGGACGUCCUUGGGCUAGCCCAAGCAUCAACAAAUCAGAGUCGCCUUCCAAGUGACAUUAAGGCCACUCCAUUCUGCUUCAUCCUGUAUGCGGACAAGACAAGACUGUCGUCCCAUGGUACAGUAAAGGGAUAUCCUGUUGUGGUCCAUUGUGCAAAUUUGCCAGUUGGCAUACGGAACGGAGAGGGCAUCAGCGGUGGCCGUGUUUUGCAGGUAUCUGAAGAUGCAGAUGAAGAAGGCAAGCCAGGCUUCGUAAACCUCAAGUGUGUCAUAUGGCACGAGGCAUUCUUAAAACUGUUGGAACUGGUCGCGCAACACUCAAAGUCUGGUUAUUCACAUACUUGCUAUGACAAGAUCGCACGCUGGUUGUUUCCCAUUAUUCUGAUACUUUCUGCUGAUUAUGAAGAACAAUGUAUGAUGUCUCUCAUUCGUGGCCACCAUAGCAAAUGUCCCUGUCCAGUAUGUCUUGUACUGCUUGAAAAACUUAGCGAGCUAUCAAAGACAUUUGCAUUUAGAACAGUGGAAGAAGCAAUAGCCGCACUCAAUGUUUACAAGGAUUGCGUGCUGUUCGCGAAUGUUUUCUGGCUCAUUGCGCACUCUGACCCUCAUCAAGCCAUCAGUUUUGACUGCCUUCAUGCCCUCCAUCUUGGUAUGUGGAGGCACCUACUCGAGGAGUUGAAGAAAAUCCUCAAAGCGCUUGGACAUGAUGAAGAGUCAAAGGUCGAGAAACAGGUUGCUAGUUUCCCUCGAUGGCGCAAUCUUAAUCAUUUCAGCACCAUCAUCCACAUUACCUUCAGUGAUGGUAACAAGAUGCAAGAUCUAUCCAAGCAAGCCUUCUAUUCUGCAGUAGCUAUCUUCAAUUGGAUAGCUAUAUUGGUCUCGACAGUGCAUACAUCAAGCACACUGGCAGCAAUUGAUGCUGAACUACUCAUUUUUGAUAGCGCACUCAAGGAAUACAUCGAAUGUGCUCUCAAUUCUCCCAUUGUAGGUCUCAAGCUUGACUGGGACUUUCCAAAGGCGCAUCUCUGGAAGCACGCUGUAGCGAUGGUCACGGCAUUGGGCUCAAAACCACGUAUUUCCAUACUCACGUCAACACCUGAAACAUAUGCGCACAUGUCCGACGCACUUUCGCACAUGUCCGAGCCACUCCAUAUCGGAUCCGGUGCAUCGGACCUUCGGACAUCACAUUGGCCGAUCGCACUUCGCGUGCACUUGUCCAUCCCGUGUCCUAUCCAUCCGAACUAG